AUGUUCAAACAAUCCAUACGUAGUCUAGCUACCAAGUCUCCAAUUUCAAGUGCUACUGCCACUUCUUCUACCACCACCACUGCUUCAUUGAAUUUUUCAAAACCACCAUCUUAUACAUUAGCUCAAUUACGAGAAUUUCCAAGUUUAGAACCAAAAACAUUUAUUCCUUUACCAACGAAUUUUUUCAAUACAGAAAAACCUAUUCGUAGAGAUAUAUUAUGGAGUUGUGUUACUUAUGAAGCUGAUAAAGCUAGAGUAGGAUCAAAUUAUGUCAUAUUAAAAUCGGAUUCACCUUAUUCUAAUCGUAAAUUACGUCCUCAAAAAGGUUCUGGACGAGCUCGUUUAGGUGAUGCUAAUUCUCCUCAUAUGGAUAAUGAAAUUAAAGCUCAUGCUAUAAAGGGACCUCAUGAUUGGAGUACUGAUUUACCAAGUAAAAUAUAUUCACGUGGUAUUCAAAAUGCUUUCACAAUGCAUUAUAAACAAGGUAAUUUAAAUAUUGUUGAAAAUGAAUUAAAUUUCCAAUAUGGUUAUGAUAUUAUAACUCAACUGUUUGUUUCAAUACAUAAUUUGAAUAAAUUGAAUUUAUUAUUUAUAACUAAUGAACCAAGAGAUAAUUUAAUGGAAAGUAUUAAACAAUUUUAUAUUAAUGAUAAAGAAUUUAAUUCAUUGAAUAAAAAAGAAAAACCAAAAUAUUUACAGAAAUUAAAAGGUAAAGUAUUGACAAAAGAAGAUGUUGAAGUUAGAGAUAUAUUAAGAGCUCAUAGAGUAUUCAUUGAAUCUUCAGCUUUACAAUGGUUUAUCACCAAACAUUCGGUUUAA